CCAUUUAAAUAAUUAGAGAGUCCAUAACCUAUAACAACAAUCAACACUUAAAAUAUUUUGUUUGAACAAAUAAAAUUAUUCAGCGUUAGUAGUUUAAUAAUAUUUUUUAAAAUUAAUUAUUAUAAUUGUUAAAAUAUCAACAUGUUUUUAUUGAAGAAUAUCAGUCAAUCGCAAAAUGUAUCCGCCGGAAUACAAAUAAAAGCUCUUGUUCAACAAAUGACCUGUCAAAGAUUUUUAGCGACCGCUCUGGCGACGAAUGAUACACCUAGAUAUGAUAAAUUGUAUAAGAAAGUUCAAGUUGAAGUACGAGGGAAUGAACCGGCAGUGUUGACGAGCUACGGGACAUUUGUCAGCGCUGCAGCUUCACAUCUGGGAAUUGAAAUGACUAGAAAUACACAGCCAAAAAAAGCAAUCCAUGAACGUUACACUGUUUUAAAAUCAGCAUUUGUUCACAAGAAACAUCGAGUACAGUAUGAAUUCAGAACGUAUUAUCGGUAUAUGGAUUUUGAAAAGCUCACAGAAUCAACCACUGAUACAUUUUUAGAAUAUAUACAAAGAAAUUUACCCGAGGGAGUUGCUAUGAAAGUCACCAAGACUGAAAUUAAACCACUUUUUGAGUCAGUUCGUGAACCUCUAGCUCAAGAUACAGCGCCCAGCUCCCCGUCUACUGAAGUAACGGAAAAACAGUCGUGAGACAAUAAUAUUAUUAAUUUGUUUUAUUGUUAUAAUUUCACUUUUCAUCUUGGUGCGUCGUUGCUCAGCCCGUUGAAAUACUUCAGGAAAUCCAUUUUUUUUCCUGAACAACAAAGGCUCUGAUUUUCUUUGUCUCAUAAUAUUAACAGUCUUGACUGGGCUGUCUGUUGUAAUUUUUCCCCGUAAGCGAUUUUUACGAUCUCUCUCAACCCGAGAAUUAUAAUUUAAUUGCUGCCUACUGUUCAUUAUUCGAUUUACAUUCGGAUUAUUAUCUGUAAUGCUUUUUCCUCCUGUAUUUUUAAGAGUAUCAACACGUGGUACUGUUUUCCGAUGAUUUCUUAUCAACUCAACGCUUGAUACGCAGCUACGGAGAACAUAGUCAUUACCUACAGCCAUAAAAAUAAUUUAUAUAUUUAUCAUUAAUUCUAAGAAUAAUUAUUAAUAAACUUACCAACGAUUGAUGAAAUAUUUUGAGGAUAAAUAUCGGUUAUUAACAAAGAUAAAAAAAUACUUGACAGAAUAAAAUAAUUUUUCAUGAUUGAAGAAAAAUUGUGUAAACAAUAACAAAACGAUAGCGAGAGUUGUAUUGCUAAGAGCGCACAGUCAGAGAAACUAAUGAAGACUGUGUCGAGCCUGAAGGUUUUGUACACUCUUCGCAACUUGUCAAUCACUGCAAAUUGACGGGGAUGCGUAAAAUCACCAAGGCAUAAAGUAAUAAUAUUUUAUUGUCAUUUUAGAUUA